GAGGAUCGAUUGGGGCGCGUGUUGACGUCGUCGUCGUCGUCGGCGCGACUAUAUAUUUUCGCGUCACACGGAUGCGUAAUUUCUUUUAGAGUGUUUCCGACGAUAAGGUUGGCCUUGCGAGAUCAGAAGCCGGGAUCGCAAAUUCCGAGGAACGCGCCGCGGAAUGAUGUAACUCGCGUCGAUCCCGCGAAAAUCGGAGUCACAUGCUUUCAGACGCCACCACAGAGUUACGUAACCGGUCGGCUUAGAUGACGACUCGUCGUUUUUCCCGCAGUGCGCCUUAAAGUCGGAUACGUCUCGGGAAAACGCGUUUCCAAAAUCCCUCCCAUCUACGAACGUCCAACAACCAGCAACAUUUCAGAGGAAGGAGGUGUUCAUAACGUAUCAAAAUCAUGCAACCGUCAGCCGCAGCCGUUAUCUGUUACUCGUGGCGUGAGAUCGCGGCCACUGGGCGAUGUCACCUCGACGAAGGUGGAGACGAUGCCUCUCCUAAGCCCGACAAUGGAAUCCGAAUUUUUGAAGGCGCCCUGGACGUUCCCGCGCACAAAAACAAAUUCAUCUAUAAAAGAAGAGGGCACCGCAACAUUCCCCGCUUGGGAGGAGGACUUUCAGGAUCUGAGCAGUUGGUGCAUGGACCCGUUCCAGGUUCAAUGCGAUUUUCGUAUAGGUGAAUCGACUACGUUUAAACUAUCAGGUACGAAAUACGAGGGUAACGGCGUUUCGACUGUGGAAGAGGAGGGAAUAUUAAAGGAUUUGAAGAGUGCGACUGAUGAUGAGAAGCUGAAUUUAAAAAUGAAUACCGUUAAGACAAUCGAAGAGUCAGGUGACAAUCGUCAUUUGCUGCUCUCUCCAUCAGAACUGGUUAACGACGGAUUAGGAUAUAACAACGAGAAGAAGAACGCAACCAGCUCGUGGUUGAUGUCACCCGAAUCUGUAGCUUCUACAAGUACCGCAUCGAGUAAACAACGUAACGCAGAUGUCGACGCGAUGCUCCAACCCGAGUAUCGCGCGGGCGGCGAUUUGGCCUGCCCGACUUCACCUUUGGACACCAUCGCAGAUCAGCGCGAGAUGUGGGAUGAGUUACGUACGAUCGAGACGACCGGAUCGGACACCUUCGACCUGCUGUCAUACCUCUGCGACGAUGAAAUGCGUUCACUGGAAGGCAGUACCGAUUCCUCGGCCAUAAAACUCAGGUCGCACGCGACGGUGUUACCACCAUUAAGCUCGUUUACUCCCACGAAGGUGAAGAUUGAGGAGGAGACCAACGAACCGAUACAACCAACGCGUCGGAGGAUGUCAACACGUGCAACGUCGACGGUGACUUCGUCGUCGGUAGAAGCUCCUCCCGUCUUCCGUAGAUCGGAGAGGACGAGGACAACUAGUAUCAAGGAAACUAGUAGCAAGGAAACGGAGGCAAUCGUCAGUAGAGCAAAGACGAGGGACAAGAACGGAAGGAAGAGGUACUACGAAGAGAGCGAGGAUUCCGAGGACGAUAUCGGCCUGUCGCAGUAUAGGGAGUGUCGGGAGAAGAACAACGAGGCAUCGCGAAGAUCGCGGAUGAAUAAGAAGGCCAAGGAAUCGGAAAUGAGCGUCAGGGCGAUCGAGCUGGAGAGGGAUAACAAAGUACUGAAGAUGAAGGUCGAGGAGCUGGAGAAAUUGGUGACGUCGAUGCGCAACGCGUUAUUACGAUCUGCUUUAAAAGGGGUGUUUUAAGAGCACACGCGUUACUACACUUAAUAUCUAGACGUACACGAGUUGUCACGCGCGCGCGCAUAAUUCAUUAAUAACCUACACGUAUAUUUUUCGUUUUUUUUAUGCAUACGUCAUCUCAUUACGCGAUGCCUAAGGAAAUUAUGUAAACUUUCAUGUUGACUUAUUUGUCUUAAUGGGAUUAAUGACGCUCUUGAAGCUUAUUAUUACUUAUUACUUUGAUGUUGUUUUAUCGAGAGACGUUUUUGUUUUUUAAUCGAUAUAACGUCUCCCCAUAAAAUAUCUGUAUCUUUGUACAAUUAAUUUGUCCCGGCUAAUCUAAUCACGGACAAGCGAUAGAUUAAUUGUACUAUUUGCUGCAACGUGCGUUAAAAACUAACGUUUAGCUUGCUAUAUGUCGGUACACAGAGAUACUAUAUAUUAUAAGCAAGAGUUUAUUUUGCUAUAACGAGAAAAGAAAAAAAAGAGAGAGAAAAAGAGAAACACUGAAAUUAGAGUGUAUUUUACGAAAUACAUACACACACAUACAUGUAUGUAUGUAUAUAUAUACAUAUAUUAUAAAUAUAUCUUAUAAGUUACUCUGUGUAUAUAAUUCAAAAGGGGUACUACACACGAGUGAACAAACAGGCAUACAAUUUCAAGUGAUAAUCGAUAACGUUAUCGAGAAGUAGAUUUUAAUCGGAACAAAAUCGCAUAGUCAUAUAUUUUGUUCAGCCUUGUAUUGUACCUGAUACGAAAAAAAAAAAAAGAAAAAAAGAAGCA